AUGUCUCCUUCCGCGACCAACAUCAGUGAAAGCUUCAUUGCGCCACCAAUCAAGAGCGCAAGUCAUCAAACGACAGCAUAUGAGUCUUCUGACUCAUCCGUGUACAAACCACAUCACGAAGCCUUUGCCUCAGAAGGACUUCCCUCUUCGGCAGCCUCUUGGUCGCAACGUGCCCAUGAAGUCUCCAGAAUUCUUGCCAGAGAUGCCGCAGCUCGUGACCAUGCGAACAAGUCUCCCGUGGCCGAAGUGUCCUUGCUGAAAAGCUCUGGGCUGCUGAAGAUUCUCGGACCUGUCGAAUAUGGUGGUGGUGGACAGUCUUGGGAAAUUGGGUACAAAGCCAUCCGUGAGGUCGCAAAGGGUGAUGGCAGUAUUGGAAUGUUGCUGGGCUAUCACUUGCUCUGGUCCAAGACCGCCGACAUUGUUGGCACAGACGAGCAGAAAGACAGGUUCCAGAGAUUGAUCAUCGAGAAUAACUAUUUUGUCGGAGGCGCCGUCAAUCCUCGAGACAGCGAUCUCAUCAUCCAGGAGGAUGGCAAUAAGCUCAUCUUCAACGGAUCCAAGCAUUUUAACACUGGAGGCGUGAUCUCUGACCUUACUGUCCUGGAGGGCGUGCUGGCAGGCACAGAAAACCACAUCUUCGCCAUUGUGCCGACCUCACAGCCCGGGUUCGAAUUUGCGCACAACUGGAACAACAUUGGUCUUCGCCUCAGCGAAUCUGGUAGCGUGAAGAUCAACAACGUAGCUGUUCCAUGGAGCGAUGCUUUAGGCUGGGAUGCCGCGGCCAAGAUACCGUCACCUGAUGUUUUGUCGAUUCCCUUUGCAACACUGCUUCUCCCAACCAUUCAACUUGUGUUUUCGAACUUCUACCUUGGCAUUGCUCAAGGUAGUCUCGAGUUUGCAAGGGGGUAUACCACGACCUCAACACGCGCUUGGCCAUAUGGAGGCGACAACAAACAGUCAGCCACGGAUGAGUUCUACAUCUUGGAGCGAUAUGGCAAUUUUCACGCGCAUUUGUUGGCGGCGGAAGCAUUGACAGAUCGUGCGGGCGUGGCUAUCAGCGACAUCUUCGUCGCUCAUGGCAAGGAUCGAGAUGUGUCCGCACGAACGAGGGGCGAAGUGGCAGAGCUUGUGGCCAGCGCCAAGAUCGUGACCACAGAUACGAGUCUUAAGGUCACAGCAGGUGUAUUCGAGGUGACUGGAAGUCGGGCGACAGGCAGCAAAGUUGGCCUGGAUCGCUUCUGGAGAGAUGUAAGGGUUCACUCCUUGCAUGAUCCCGUCGCAUACAAGAAUCGCGAACUGGGGCGCUUCUACCUGUUAGAUGAGGUCCCUGAGCCGACUUGGUAUACGUAA